AGCUGUAAACAACUAAGAUGACGCGCUAUGAUAAGAGAUAACCAACGGGUCUCUUUUGGAGGUGGUUUCUGUGCAGCAGCGUUGUGCUUUGGCAGAUCAGACAAUACAUAAAAAGAGCCCUGAAACUGUGAACUCUAUUGAGUUGGUUGGCAGCAAGUCAAGAAGUUGAAGCAACAAUGAGUCUCUCCGCUAAGGACAAGGCAAUUGUCAAGGCCUUUUUUGGCAAGGUUGCCGACAGGGCAGAGGAUGUUGGCAACGAGGCACUUUCCAGGACGCUGGUGGUGUACCCCCAGACCAAGACAUAUUUCUCCCACUGGAAGGACCUGAGCCCCGGUUCUGCCCCGGUCAGGAAGCACGGUGGGACCGUCAUGGGAGGCGUCCUGGGUGCCAUUGAGAAGAUUGACGACCUUAGUGCUGGUCUUCUUACGCUCAGCGAGUUGCACGCCUUCAUGUUGAGAGUGGAUCCUGCCAACUUCAAGAUCUUCAACCACAACAUGCUGGUGACGCUGGCCAUGAUGUUCCCUGACGAUUUCACCCCUGAGGUGCACGUGGCCACGGACAAGUUUCUGGCCCAGUUGGCCCUGGCUCUGUCUGAGAAGUACCGUUAGGCAAUGAGCCAUAUUUCCACUUGACAAUCUUUGUAGUGUGCCAAUUUCAAUGAAAAGAUGCAAUAAAUGAAUCCUACCGAUCGAAU